GCUCAAUUUGAUGAACGUCAACCGUAGGUGGUUACAUGGUCCACUGGCUUGAGGAGGGCUUAUUAGUAGAGUAAGUAGCUGAAAGCUUCGAAUGCGUGCUAGUAGUAGUGAAGAUCCGAACAAUUUCAACCCAUUUCAGUAACGAUAGAUGUGUAUGUCAUAUUCUUAGUAUAAUCAUUUUCUGGUCCUCAACCACCAUAUAUACGUCGUGCUGGAUAAUAGGAUCAAAUCGAAUUACCGCGUUCUGCGUUACGUACCGGUGAAGAAAGUGUGGAGUCUUUCACUCGUUUGUUUAAGCGUUUAGCACACUCAGAAUGCGUGACGUACCAGAUAGUGCAGCAAUUAAGAAUGUGGGCGACUGCGUUGACUUUCUCCGCCCCCCCACCGAAGACGCGGUGACGGCGUUUUGUUACGGUUCCAUGCUCGAUGCACAUGGUUGCAGGAGUUGCUUUGUUUUUUUUUCGUUUUCUUCCACCACGAAGAUGUAAUGAACUCCACACGGUUGCAGUUGCAACCGGUAAGUCGGCCAGACUUGAUCGUCAACAAAGAUGGCGGUUUGGAAUCGGUUUCUGCUGGUAGUAGUACUGCUUGCCCACACAUCCGGCGGUGAGUGGGUUGAGAUACCGCACCUAAAACCAUCGAUAACGUCCAUCAGCACCACAAUCAAACCAAUCGCAUCGAUCAACGGUCACGUGGUGACUCACUCGCAGCGUCUACUAUCACACUUGGCGGACGAGCGGGUUGCUGCAGAGGGUCGAUGGCCAGCUGGUACUUCCGUACGGUGGCAUCGUCCCCCCGUAAGCGAUCUGCUCGAUUACGAAGUUCCGACUAAACGUGUAUCACAACCGCCAUCACCAUGGAUUACGGGUGAUCGAGCAGCAGUACCAGCACAUAGUGCGCCUAUUGCCCUCGUGAAUGUGUCCAACAAGGUGGAUGAGUUGGUGGAAAGUGAUGAAGUGGAUGAUCACUAUCCGGAGCUAAUGCAGACGGAGCUGCUACCGUUCAGCAAUCGGUACGAGGAAGAAUCGAUUGAAACGGUUGCUGCUGCAUCGGAUACAUCCAAAGCGAUGCAAUCACCGGUUCCACCAUCCGUACAGCAUUUCGAUGACUUCGAUGACUACGAUGAACGGUUACCGGUGAGGAUGCAGCAACAACCACCACACAAUGAGGAGCAGUACAGUGAAGCCGACGACGAUCAGGAAGAUUCGAACGAAACGGUCGAACAGGUAGAAAAGGACCAGCAACCGGCCAAUUUGCAACAGCAACAACCACCGACCGGAGGGUUCGGUGGGUUUGUUGAGUUUUUGCGCCGAAUGCAGGCCAGCUUCGUACGGCGAACGGCACACACGAUCGGUGACAAAAUACGCACACUCGCCGAGAUGCGGGAUCAGCUACUAAGCAGUAUCGAGCGACGUAUUGCUUCCCUGUGGAUGGGCGGCAAACAACCAACGGCGCGGCGACGGGUCAAGCGGGGCUGGAUGGAACCGCACGGUGAGACGGAUGCGAUGGAUUUCCCGUCCGCCGAAGGUGCACUGCUUACCAUCUCAUUUCUCACGUUUGCCGUCUUUCUGAUCAAGCUGGUACUGCAGGUGAUCAACACGAUCAAGGCGAAACACUACACGUACAGUACGUUUGCAGCGGCUACACCCGUAUCCGGUGGUUUGCUGGUGAAACGGACACGACGCUUCGUUGAGCCGUACGAACUGCAAGCAAUUCUUGCCACCAUCGAUGGUUACCGGCCUGCUUAGUUUACCCCGAUCACCGUCCCCGGUGGUAGUUGAGCUGUGUUUGUACGCAUCUUAAAAUUAUACUUAAGCUGUUUAAUGGUAGAUGGUUCCUUAAUGGAAGAAAAAACCGCCUUGAGACAAUUGUGGUGGAGUUUUAAUUGGUGGUUAACAAACAUUUUAGUAAAACAAAUAUUUCUAUAGAACAAUUCCAAUUUUUGGUAACUGUUAUAGGCUUUAAAAGUUCAUGCUUUACUCUACGUUGUUUUACUAAAAUGAGGUUGUGUGAUUUUUCUUUUUCUGAUUUGUUAGCUAAAUCAAGUGAAUUUAUCUAGAAGCUUGGAAGCAGACGUGGACGGUACAAAUAUAUUGAUGCAUUUCAUCGUCUCGACAACCGACAUACAAAGAAUCCAAGCGCACAUAGACAGAACAAUCUUUUUCUACUGUGGCACUUAACGAGAUUAAUCUCCUUUUAGGCGCUGUUUUUUAUUUAUCCAGCUUCCUACUAUCUGCUGGUACCAAAUAGAGUUGAGAAUAUCCAGUCUUUUCAGAGAAUUGCGAAACAUGGUGAAAGAGUGGUUAUAAGGCUUUGAAACUUUUACACACUCUUUUUGAGAGUCAUAAAAAUAUUACUUAAAACAUAUCCUUUAAUAACUCCUUGGCGUUUUUCAUUCAUUUACUCUCUGUGUCGACUAAUGACUCACUCUUUUGCGUGACAACUCCCCAUCCCCCUGUCAACGCAACCAGCGUUUUAGGGGCCCCGAGUUAGGGCCUCCGUUUUGUUAAACGAUCACAGUAUUUUCUUGAAAAUUAUGCAGCAAUUUUGCUUUAUUUUUAUGUAUCUAAAAUAAUUUUUCUUUAAUUAAUAAGGGUUAAUAAAAGUUUGUUUAAAUUUCCAAAAUUUAAAAAAACAUUACCGCGUUUCUUGCUAAGAUUUGGGGUAAGUAGGGGAAAGAAUCCAUGUGGAACAUGCGGAAGAAAGGGGAAGUGCCAGUUGAUCUUAUCUCCUUGGUAGGAUGCUCUCUUGGUGUUGAGAAACUACCGAUCUCCCAUAUUAUUUCAUCUCAGCUAGAAGAUGAUUUCCAUAGAAAUCAUUUUUAUUGGUAUUGAAGAAUCAGUUUUCUGCAACACCAAGAGUGCAUCCAAUAAAAGAGGUAACCUAUUUGAUUGCACGGGAAAUAAUCUGCAUGAAAGAGAAAAUAAUCUACCACAUGCGGGAGAGAGACCGAUAAAUGAGGCUCUAAGGUGAGGCAAUGGUAGCCGAUAACACGUCAACCUCCUGGGAGAAUGCUCUCUUGGUGUUGAGAAACUACCGAUCACCCAUAUUACUUCAUUUAGGCUAGAAGGUAGAAGAGAACGUUACUCCACAGCUGUUGAAGAAUUGGUUUUAUUAGUAUUGGAGAAUCGGUUUUGUACAACACCAAGAGAGCAUCCACGGAAGCAGGUAACCUAUUCGGAUGGAGGGGAAAUAAUCUGCAUGAGAAAGAAAUUAAUCCGCCACAUGCGAGAAAGAGACCGCUAAAUGGGGCUCUAAGCUGAAGAACGGUUAGUUGUUGUUUUAAACGCCAAAACCGCUCGUUUUCUGCGACGAAAUCCUGAGAAAGCUGCAAAAAUUAAUCAUCCGAAAUAACAAGAGAGCAUCCUACUAAGAGGUAACAAUAACUGCGGUUCGAACCAGCUGCGAGCGACAUUCUCUUCUCUCCUCUAGUAGCCGUUCUAAUCCUUCGUAUAGUUGUUCUUUUCCCACAUGUUCUCAUUGAUCAUGGGGCGAGAUGAUCUAGUAUUGGUAAUCGAUAAUAUGAGUUCACCGGAUGAAGGGGAAAUAAUCUUCCAUCUCUUUCAAUCCAAUCGAUCAAUGCUAAAGGAUCUCAAACUGGCAUCAAUGAUAACGUGCGAGAAAGGAACGGCUAUAUAA